CGAUUGAGAAAAUGUCAAAGACAGUCACACCAGCGGAAUUAAUUAAUGAAUACAACGCUUGGACAGUACAAGCUCCUAUGGUUAGAUACUCAAAGCAACCAUUCAGAGAACUCUGUGCGAGUUACAAUACCCAUAUUACAUAUACACCAAUGAUGCUAUCUAAAGAGUUCGCUAGAAGUGAAUUUGCUAGAGCUGCAGAUUUUUCAACUUCCAAUUCAGAGCGUGCUAUAUUCAACUUAUCCCGAAGGAAACCUAAUGGUGAAUAUGAGAAGACUACAGAACCAAUUAAGGGUUGCUUAAUAGCUCAAUUUGCAGCUAAUGAAGCAGUUACUUUCUCACAAUCAGCUGAACUCAUUGCAGCUCACGUUGAUGCUAUAGAUUUGAACACAGGCUGCCCAACUCAAUGGGCAUACGAGGAAGGCAUAGGUAGUGCUCUAUUACGUAAACCAGAAGUAGUGGCUGAUAUUGUUAAAACCACUUAUGAUAGAGUGGGUAGCAAACUUCCCAUUACGGUCAAAAUUCGUAUAGAUAAAGAAGAACGGCGAACGGAGCAGUUGAUUAAGAAUGCAGUUAUGGCAGGUGCUUCAAUUAUUGGUAUACAUGGAAGAUAUCGUACCCAGUCAUCGACAACACCAGUAAACUUAGAUGGUAUCGCAUUAGCACGAUCUUUUUCAUCAGUACCAACCAUUUCUAACGGUGAUGCGUGGUCCCUUGAGCAAAGUCUAGAUAUUAAAGAUAAAACUGGUUGUAACGGCGUAAUGAGUGCACGUGGUUUACUUGCAAACCCAGCGAUGUUUGCAGGAUACGAAGAAACACCAAUAGAAUGCAUCGAUAGAUUUAUAGAUUUGAGUAUGUCGUAUGGUUUGCAAUUUCCGCUUUUCCAUAGACAUAUCUAUUACAUGCUAGAAAGCAAAUUAUCGAAAACUCAAAGACAAAGUUGGCAUAAUGUAAUAUCAACCGCCACAGCCUUAGACUGGAUAGAAGAAUAUAAAGAAAGUGUAUUAUAUUAA